UAGAUGGUACCUGACAUUGAAUGGGGGAAGAACAUCCGCAUUUUAUUGGACAUUGGAUGUAGUGAUGCUAGCUUUGCAGGCACUCUUCUUGAGAAGGAUGUUUUAACUCUAUCUUUAGGUAUGAUGAGCGAUCAGAUAGACUUGGCUCAAGUUCUUCUUGAACGCGGCAUACCUGCUGUGGUGGGAAAUCUGGGCACACGGAGACUCCCAUUUCCUAGCAGCAUUUUCGAUGCUAUUCAUUGCAGUGGGUGCAAUAUACAUUGGCAUUCUAAUGGUGGGCGGCUCCUUCUGGAGAUGAAUAGGAUACUACGUCCAGGAGGAUACUUUAUUAUGUCAUCUACACAUGGAGAUGCUGAAAGCGAAGUGGGUAUGCUCAUGAACUGA